UUCUGCCUCCACCCCCUGGCGGCCUCCCUCCCCUAUCUUGCCGCCGCGCUGAUCUCCCAUCGCAGAUCUCUGCCGGUGCUCCUAAUUGGUCGAGGUUAAUCAAACAUUGAAGAUCUACCAUGGCCGAGGGCAAGUUCAACGAUUGCGUGGUCGUCCCUACUAGGGAGAUUGGCCAAUUCAAUUUCCGGGUAUGCUUCUCCUCGGCCGAGCUUCCCUUCACCUUGAGGACAGUCGCUACCAGCGUCGUCGCCGGAUGCGAAUGCGAUGCAGUUUUUUUGCGCUGCGACAUCAGUGAUGAGUUCAUGCUGAUUCUUAGAGUGCGGCAUGGAUCAAACCCUGCAAUGGAGGGCAUCAAGGUGAUACCCAGUAUGGUUCUCCUCGACAAGACCGGCUCACCCACGUCCAUGGGGACAAGGACAACCAGCCGCAUCUCGGACGGUACGCUAGUAUACAAACUGGACCUCGCGCGGAUGGAGGAUGUGAGGGUCAACUGCGUGGUGGAGAACUACUUCCAAGUGAUGUGCUCAGUGGAGGUCAUCAGGGACGGGGCACCGGCAAUGGCUCCAUUAACAGCAGAGGAGGAGCUCCCUGAUUUGGGCCAUGAUCUUGCCAUCAUGUCACACAAGCAACAACUCACCGAUGUCUCCUUCGAUGUUGACGGCGAAAGCUUCAGUGCACAUCGCCUCGUGCUCGCGGCACGGUCGCCGGUCUUCAGAGCAGAGCUCUAUGGCUCCAUGGCGGAAAGCAAGAUGGCGUCCAUCACCAUCCAAGAAAUGGGGGCCUCUACCUUCAGAUCUAUGCUUCAUUACAUGUACCAUGGUUCAUUGCCUGAUGCUGGCAAGGCGGAUGGUUCCUCCACCAUGGCAGAAUACCAGCGUUUGCUUGCAGCGGCGGAUAGAUACGGGGUAGAGCGGCUGAAGAAGAUCUGUGAGGACAAGCUAUGUGGUAACAGUAUAACAGUAGACAAUGUUGUCUCAACGUUGGAGCUGGCAGAGCGCCAUGUCUGCCCCAAACUCAAAGCUAGCUGUCUUGAUUUCCUCUCAGAUGGUGAAAAUUUCAAGAUGGUUGCGACGACUGAUGAGUACUUCAAUUUAAUGCAGAGCGUUCCGUCUGUCUUGGUUGAAGUGAGGAAUAGGUUCAAGAUGCCACAUGAAAACCCGACUAUCACUGAAGCUGGUUCUCACAAGAAAAGCCGGAUGUGUUAGACAUCUCGACUGAUUACUGAGAAUUAAAUGUUUACUCACUGAAUUUCUAAAUCUUUUUCUAGUGCUUUUGAAGUUACAGGGAAAAGUGCAUUCCUUGCAUAACUAUAUUGGUUCAAGCUCUCCCUGUAAUGUUUAGAAGGAACAUGCCAACACUUCUGUUUUGUUUGCCCGUGCGUGGGCAUAUCUAUCCUCUUAAUUAAGUACUCUUUUUAUAAAGAAUGUCCAUUUCUGUUAAUCAAUGGCAGCAAGUUGAAAAAAUAUUGUUUUAUACGUUUUGUAUGAUGCUAUAACAAUGUUAUAAUACCGUAUACCUGGAGCAAGGUAACUGUUUGCUAUGCUACCAUUGUUUAAGUCCAUAAAUU